AUGAGCAGCAGACCCGAGCUGCCAUUGCCAGCUAUGUCCUGCUCUCCCUACCACACCUCCUGCCUGAAGAAGCUCAUCAAGAAGCUGUGGGCUGACAGAGCCCUUCAGUAGGAGGUUCAGAGUUUUCAGGAGGCAGUGAAGAGCUUUUAGGAGAAGAUCAAGGGCUUUUAGGAAAAAACCCAGAGAUCUCAAGAUGGCCAUCCAAGCCUUCUGGAAGAGGGAAAGCCCACCUGGGCGGAGGAAGGUGCCUUUUGACAGGAAGAAAAGGCUAUUCAGGAGGAAGCCCAAGUCUUCUGGGGUGUAUCGUGACUUCUGAAGGACUAUAAUGCUUUCUGAAAGAAGGAUAAGGAUUUCUGGAAAGAAGAUCAGCUCCUCUGGGGCAAAGACAGGGUCCUUUUGAACAAGGACAGAGUCCUAUGGGAAGAAGGAGAAGUUCUGUGGGCAAACAAAACAGCUCUCCUGGAAAAGGGGAGAGCUCUCUGGGAAGAUGAGGCCCUUCAGGAAGAUGAAAAAAACCUCAAGGAGUAUGAAAUGUUGAUUUGGAAGAAGGCCUUUGGUCCUGAGGGAGAGGAUAUCUUCAGAGAUGCCACUGUCCACAUGGGAAAAGCAUAA